AUCUGCUUGUUCUCAUCGCCCUAAGAAGCUUCUGCGUUGCUACGACGUCCGACCGCAAGAUGUGGAUGAGGAAGAAGAAGGUGGGAACGGCGAGGCCGGCUGCCCGGAGGAGGAUGCCGACGUCGCUCGGCGCGCUGUGGCGGCGCGUGGUCGGGCCGGCGCGCGUCCGCAAGACCAGGACCACCACCAAGACCAAGAAGAGCAAGACCGGGUCGCUCUCGCGCGCGCUCCAGGUGUUCUCCUGCGUCCGCGGCCAUCGCAAAGGGAGGACGGCGGCGCGCCAGUAUUGA